AGAUACGACAAUGAUUAAGCCGAAUUGCGGUGUACUGAAGGAUGCUUCGAAAUCGGCAAAUACUUUGGCUGUCGCUCCACGUAAACGAGGUCGUCCACGAAAAAGAGACUAUGAUGAAGUGUCGAACGUAAUAAAUACAAAAAAAGAACCAGCAGAUGAGACGUACAACAUUCCGACAUUAGCAAUGCGGUCGCACCCUCGUGGAUGCGCGAAGAAGAGAAGAACCAUUUCGUCGUUAUCUUCAACUGGGAAUUGUACGCCAAAUGGUCGUAGACUGUCGGGCGCAGUUUCCGAAUGCUCCCCUGCGGCAGGGUCAUUGGCAAGUGCCAAUGUAUCAUUAUCUACGACCGACCUAAAAUCAUCGCGUUUGUCUGCUGCCGAUGUUGAAAUGGUAGAUGUGCAAGAGAUCUGGGAUUACUACAUUGCACGUGCCGAAUACCACUCCAUUUUGUCGAAGUGCAAUUUGAAGUGUCCACGGUCUCGAGGACGUCACCUUGGUAGAAAGGCAAUAGUGGAGAAAAUUCAACAUUUGAAGCGGAUUGAACAAAGUCUGAAAAAAGGUGUGAAGCAAAUUACAACUUACGAAUUUUUCAACUAUGUCAAUCCGCUGUGUCCCGGUCUGAACGACGUCACGACAGACAUAUUUUUGAUAUCUUGCACGAAGGAGAAAAUUUUUAGAAAGGAUUUCCUUAGCCGAAUUGUUGUACCCUGUAAAGGCCAUCAACAGGAAGCGCCAGUUUUGUAUUAUCCUGUGCCUCCUGAGGUAGAAAAAAAUGCAGUAGACGUUUAUCUCGUUGUGAAAGUUUAUACGGAGCAAAAGUAUCACUUCAUUGGAUCAGCUCGAAGAAUGGGGCGGUCUAGGGGCGACCAUGAAGAAGAUAUAAAAGAAGCUCCUGUCGUUAAGAAACUGCUUUAUGGAGUGCGAAAAGUGGCUCGCAAGAUUAGUUCUGGGGUAUAUCCUGACUUUGGAAAUCAUACUGUAGUCUUAGUAAACAAUGAAACGGACGGAUUAGAUGGUAUUACGUUCAACAUAUCGGAUGAAAAGUGGAUGACAAAUGUCACGCAGUUGGAUCUUCUCGCUAGGAUUGGACAUAAACUGUGCUCUAUGGGUCCAAUCGGUCUAAUUAAUUUCGGCAUAAGCGACGAGCAUGUUGACUUCGAUUGGACAGCGGUGGAAAAAGUGAUGGACGCAAGAUUUAAGCGAAAAACGGAGCUGUUGAAAUCUUCCGAGCUCACCGUCUGGUACCAUAACAAGAAAAAUAAUGUGCUUGACGAGCCACCGACAACAGCACGAGAAAGCCCAUCGUCAGACAAGGAGAAUCGCGUUCGCGUUUCUCCUCGGAAAUCGCCGCGAUCACCGCGAGCUAAUACGAUUGUCAAGUUAUCUCCAAAGAAAAAUGGCCAGUUAUCGGUCCUUUCAUCCCAAGGGCCCAUGCUGCCAGAUGAUGAUGUGCUGGAUCGUGUACCAGGAACGAUAUGUCCAUUUACGGGGAGAAAAUUCGCACAGGUGGAAGAUCUCGAAGAGUAUCUGUGUACAACAUAUCCUGCUCUAAAGUUUGAGAAAAGCUCAUGGAAUGCAUCGUUCCUGCAUUUUCUUGUGUCAAGCGUCGUUACUCGUUCUAUUUGGGAGAAUCCGAAAGUACCCAAGAAGGAGAGGAGGUCUACCAGCGUUAUCUCACCUGAGCGCAAAGUUAUUCAUGCUCCACCUCCUGAAGUUCCUGUGAAGAAAAAGUACGAGUUGCCUAAAGCUCAAAUGAUUCCCUAUGGAGAAAUGUCAUUUGUACCACCAACAUACUCGCAGGUUCCUGGACCUUCCUGCACAAAAGUGUACCAUUCUGUCAUUGAGGACACAUGUGAUUGGAAGGGCCAUUUAUCUGAAAGGAACAUUCGAGAUUACAUUGAUGAUACACCGCAGGAAAAAGAGUUUAUGAUACUUCACAACAAGUUCCGCGCUAAGUUUCGGCAUCUGAUUGUGGGGACAAAGCUUACGCUUGAUUUUUACACGAGAUUUGUCGAGACAUGUGGUGCUGAGAUGAAGAAGAAGCGCAUCCGAGCCCAUUGUGUGGCCAGGUUGACCCGGUUGGUCCAGCAGGACAAAAUGACGCCAACCAACAUGGCGACACUUACCCAGAAACUCUAUGAAUUAGGCCCAAAUGAGUAAAUUAAGUACAAGUCUUUCUAAAGCAUGCACGUGUUAGUCGCUCAUAUGUACUUUUUUAAAGUCUAUCUGUAUGCUGCACUGCCUUGAUGAGAUGUUGUCAUACUAGGGAUAAGCAGAAAAUUGGAGCAGCUCUCGGUGUCGUAGAUAUUUGUUUUAGCGGUAAUGGAGG